AUGACUGCCGCAAAAGAAAAAGCCCAGAACUUGAUCCGUUUUAACCCGGAUCAGAUUGAAUGGACAUCCUGGAAUGUCCUCCUCGCCAUACUCAAUGGCGGUGAGGAAUUCACCACGAUUGACAUGUCCGAUGCAUAUCACCAGGUGCCACUUGAUGAGCCGAGCCGCGAGUUGGUUGCGAUAAACACGCAUCGCGGACUGUAUCGCUACAACCGACUGCCGUUCGGAGUGGCUGCUGCGCCAAGCAUCUUCCAACAGAUGAUGGAAGAACUGCUGAAUGGCAUCCCGUAUGUGGCUGUGUACAUGGACGACAUUAUAAUCACAGGCAGAACACGACAGGAGCACCUUGCGAAUCUGGCCGAAGUAGCCGAACGAAUGAACCGACAAGGAUUCACCCUGAAACAGCAGAAGUGCAACUUCCUCCAGCUGUCGGUAGAAUACUUGGGAUUCGUGGUUGACAGAAACGGCCGACAUGUUUCCGAAACAAAGAUUCGCGCAAUCAUGGAGAUGCCAGCAUCGGUGGACGUCGCCCAGGUGCGAUCUUUCUUGGGAAUGAUCAAUCAUUACGGCAAGUUCAUUCACCAGCUGGCGACCAAGACGUACUGCCUCAACGCCCUGCUGAAAGUGGACGUCAAGUGGGAAUGGUCAGGAGAAUGUGAUGGUGCCUUCCGCAGCCUGAAGGCGGAGCUGGCACAGGCUACUACAAUGCUGGUGCAUUACGAUCCUGCGAAGCCGCUAAUCCUCGCAGCGGAUGCGUCGCAGUACGGGAUCGGAGCUGUCAUUAGCCACCGCGGACCGAGCGGGGAAGACCAGCCCAUUGCCCAUGCAUCGAAGACGUUUACGCAGACUGAACAACGGUACGCGCAGAUAGAGAAAGAGGCGCUGACCUUUGUCUUCGGUGUGAAGAAGUUCGACCAGUACCUGGCGGGUCGGGAGUUCACACUCCUUACUGACCACAAGCCGUUGGUCACGGUGUUCGGCCGGAAGACUGGAAUCCCUGCGGUAUCUGCCAACCGCCUCCAGCGGUGGGCCAUUGCACUCAUGGCGUAUACUUUUACCAUUGAGUACCGGUCUACCGAUGACUUUGGACUGAGCCGGCUGCCUCUGCACUCGAAGGACAUCUUCGACGCCAACGACUGGGGAAUGCACGAAGCCAUCCAUGCUGUCCAAAUGGAAGUGUUGAGUGAAACACCGGUGGACGCGAAGAAAAUCGCUAGUGAAACUGGCAAAGAUCGCGUGCUGGCUCGGUGUCGUCACUUGGUCCUUAAGGGAUGGCCAGAGAAGGCACCACCGGAACUCCAGCCGUACCACCAGAGACGACUGCAACUGUCAGUGGUCGCUGGAUGUGUCCUGUGGGGAGCGAGAACGGUCAUUCCAGAGUCGCUCCAAGCGGCCCUGCUGAAACAUCUGCAUGCUACAGAUGCUGGCGUGGUGCGGAUGAAGGCGGAAGCCAGAAGUCACUUCUGGUGGCCUGGACUGGACGGCGACAUCGAACGGCUGGCCAAGAAAUGCCCUGCUUGCACGAUGGCAGCAAAGGAGAUGGCGAAAGUGCCCUUGCAGCAGUGGCCGGUUGCCGAGAAUCCGUGGCAGCGUGUGCACAUGGACUUCGCGGGCCCGUUCCACAACGAGAUGUUUCUCGUGAUUGUGGACAGCUUCUCGAAGUGGCCCGAAGUCGUCAAAAUGCGGCGUACGCAGUCCGGCGACGUGAUUGCCGUGCUGGAGCAUUUAUGUGGCCGUUAUGGAUACCCGAAACAGCUGGUAACGGAUAACGGGCCGCAGUUCACCAGCGCUGAAUUUGCAGACAACUGCAAGGCCAACGGAAUCACGCACCUGCGCACGGCGCCUGGACACCCGCAAUCAAACGGGCAGGCGGAACGUUAUGUUGGCGCAUUCAAGGACGCCAUGACCAAGAUGUUGACAGGCAACAAUGCUAACAUCGACGACGCACUGCGGAAAUACCUGUUCAGGUAUCGUACGACACCGCAAGCCACCACUGGAAGUUCGCCCGAUGAGCUAUUCCUCAAGCGCCGAAUGCGCACAGCGCUGGAUUUGGUACAUCCGGACGCGAACGAUACACGGCAAUCCAACAUGGACCGUCAUAAACGAAAUUUCGAUCGGCAUGCCAAAGAGAAAAACUUCCUUGGCGGACAGCUGGUGUUGGUACGUGAUUUCCGCCACGGUCCUAAAACCCAUUGGACGCCCGGCCAGCUGCGGUCUAAGAAAGGAAACCGUCAAUGGACAGUUACCGUCGACGGCCAAGAGUGGUUUCGCCACGAAGACCAGAUCAGGCCGCGUGAAUGGCGUGCUGCAGCUGAGCCCAACGACGUUACAUCGCCAACAGUGCCAAAGGCGAUGAUAUCGGAAAUCCCACAGCGUGACCAGCAACCUGCAAUAGCGGAACCUGUCAUCCGACCACAGCCGGAGCCAGCUCUGAACGCAGAGCUUCCCCAAGUGGCAGUGCCUGCCACAGCGAAUCCUGCUCCUCCAUUGCGUGUGUCAGCGAGAGCGAAUAAGGGAGUCGAGCCAACACGAUUCGGAUAUACAAAAUAA